GCCAUCCCGUAGGCCAUGGAGAACGAGCUGCCGGUCCCGCAUACGUCCGGCAGCACCAGCAGUGCCGGCGGCGUCAGCAGCAGCAGCAAUAGCGGCGGUGGUGGGAAUGGCCGGCCCACGGGGCCCCAGAUUUCUGUGUACAGCGGCAUCCCUGACCGGCAGACUGUGCAGGUGAUCCAGCAGGCCCUGCACCGGCAGCCCAGCACGGCGGCCCAGUACCUGCAGCAGAUGUAUGCAGCCCAGCAGCAGCACCUCAUGCUGCAGACGGCGGCCUUGCAGCAGCAGCACCUCAGCAGCGCCCAGCUCCAGAGCCUGGCGGCCGUGCAGCAGGCAAGCCUGGUGGCCAACAGACAAGGGAGCACUUCAGGCAGCAGUAUUUCUGCACAGGCCCCUGCCCAGUCAUCCUCGAUCAACCUGGCAGCCUCCCCAGCAGCAGCCCAGCUCAUCAACCGGGCUCAGAGCGUCAACUCGGCGGCAGCCUCGGGCAUCACCCAGCAGGCUGUGCUUCUGGGCAACACAUCUUCUCCAGCCCUGACCGCAAGCCAAGCACAGAUGUAUCUCCGGGCACAGAUGCUCAUCUUCACGCCCACGGCCACCGUCGCUACCGUGCAGCCUGAGCUCGGCACUGGCUCCCCCGCCCGGCCCCCCACCCCCGCCCAGGUACAGAACUUGACCCUCCGAUCACAGCAGACACCAGCUGCAGCAGCCUCGGGCCCUACCCCCACCCAGCCUGUCCUGACCAGCUUGGCCCUGAAGCCCACGCCAGGUGGUAGCCAGCCUCUGCCUACCCCAUCACAGGGCAGAAGCACCGCUCAGGGUUCCCCUGCAGGUGCCAAGUCUGGCACAACCGACAGUGUGACAGAGCCACCCAAGAGAGGAGACAGCCACGGCAGUGUGCCCGGGAGCUUGGAGGGCCGGGCUGGGCUCAGCCGGAUGGUGCCCGCCGUGGCUGCCCACCCGCUCAUUGCACCAGCCUAUGCUCAGCUGCAGCCGCACCAGCUCCUCUCCCAGCCAUCCUCAAAGCACCUGCAGCCCCAGUUUGUGAUGCAGCAGCAGCAGCCAUCACAGCAGCAGCAGCCGCCCCAGCCAUCACGGCCGGCGCUCCAGGCCCCGUCUCAUCCCCAGCUGGCCUCGGUCCCUCCGAGCCUGGCCCUGCAACCCAGCCCAGAAGCCCAUGCCAUGCCGCUAGGCCCAGUCCCAUCCACCCUGCCUCUCCAGUGCCCUGCUGCCAACCUGCACAAGCCUGGCAGCUCUCAGCAGUGUCCCCCUCCCACACCAGACACUGGGGCUCACAACGGAUAUCCCGAGGGCCUGGCCCACACCCCUCAGCGCAGGUUCCAGCAUGCCUCAGCUGUCAUCUUACAACUACAGCCUGCUUCACCGGUGCCCCAGCAGUGCACCGCUGAUGACUGGAAGGAAGCGGUACCUGGGGAGAAGUGUGGAUCGGAGACUCGGUCUGGCCCAUCACCGCAUCAGCAAGCCAUCAUCACUGCGAUGCCAGGUGGCCUGACUGUGCCCAAGAGCCCGAACAUCCAGCAGUCCCCAGCUCACGAGACAGGGCAGGGCAUUGUUCAUGCACUGACCGACCUCAGCAGCCCCGGCAUGACCUCAGGGAACGGAAACUCUGCCUCCAGCAUCACCGGCACUGCCCCCCAGAAUGGUGAGAAUAAACCACCACAGGCCAUUGUGAAACCCCAAAUCCUGACGCAUGUUAUCGAAGGGUUUGUGAUCCAGGAGGGGGCGGAGCCUUUCCCGGUGGGACGCUCGUCCCUGCUGGUGGGGAAUCUCAAGAAGAAGUAUGCACAGGGGUUCUUGCCUGAGAAACUUCCGCAGCAGGACCAUACCACCACCACUGACUCAGAGAUGGAGGAGCCCUAUCUGCAAGAAUCCAAAGAGGAGGGUACUCCCCUCAAACUCAAGUGCGAGCUCUGUGGCCGGGUGGACUUCGCCUACAAGUUCAAGCGUUCCAAGCGCUUCUGUUCCAUGGCUUGUGCAAAAAGGUACAACGUGGGGUGCACCAAACGAGUGGGGCUUUUCCACUCGGACCGGAGCAAGCUGCAGAAGGCAGGAGCCACUACCCACAACCGCCGUCGGGCCAGCAAAGCCAGUCUGCCAACCCUUACCAAGGAUACCAAGAAGCAGCCGACAGGCACCGUACCCCUUUCAGUUACGGCUGCCCUGCAGCUAACGCACAGCCAGGAAGACUCCAGCCGUUGCUCAGAUAACUCAAGCUAUGAGGAACCCUUGUCACCCAUCUCAGCCAGCUCGUCCACCUCCCGCCGGCGACAAGGCCCGCGGGACCUGGAGCUCCCUGACGUGCACAUGCGGGACCUGGUGGGCAUGGGCCACCACUUCCUGCCAAGUGAGCCCACCAAGUGGAACGUGGACGACGUCUACGAAUUCAUCCGCUCUCUGCCAGGCUGCCAGGAAAUCGCGGAGGAGUUCCGUGCCCAGGAGAUCGAUGGGCAAGCUCUGCUGCUGCUCAAGGAGGACCACCUGAUGAGCGCCAUGAACAUCAAGCUGGGGCCCGCCCUCAAGAUCUACGCACGCAUCAGCAUGCUCAAGGACUCCUAGGGCUGGCCGGGCGCCGGGGCUCCUCCCGACCGAGCAGAGCCGGCGGACACUCCUGGGGGCCCAGAGCAGGGCCAGUGGAGGGAAGGGCCCCGCUGUGGGGCGUGGCUGGGGGGAGGUCUCAGGACCUCCUAGGUGGCUCUCAGGGGCCUUUCUUUCUGUGGGAGGGGCAGAGAGGUAGGUGGCACAGAAGAUGGGGCUUUAUGCUUGUAAAUAUUGAUAGCACUGGCUUCCUCCAAAGUCCCACAACUCUAGCCCCGCUUCUCUUCCCCUCUUUCUGUCCCCCAUUUUCCAGGGGGUAUGUGGUCAGGGCUCCCAACCUGAGUUGGGUCACUUCCCAGGGCAGCCGCCGGGCCUGGAGAGAGGCCGCAGAAGCCCCCACCUGCCUUCCUCCUCCUCUUUCUCGGGGCCCAGCUCGCUCUUCCAUUGCCAGCUUCUCCCACUUCAGCUGUUACUGAAGCCGCCAGAAGGGUUCUCCCCCCUCACCCCUGCAGGUGGAGGGAGAGAAGCUGGGCCCGGUUUGGCCACACCUGCUGGUACAGACGCCUUAACGCUGUGUGUGUGACUGUGUGACUGUGUGGGAGCCUGGACUGACUGACGGGCCGAGAGCCCCCCCGGCAUCUCCAGGUGUUUUGUAGCAAACAGCCACUUAGUGCUUUGUCCUGGACUCCACUCAGCCUCGGGAUGGGGAACGGGAAAAAGGGCCGCCUCGGUGCAGAGGCAGGGUCAGAAAGCGAUGCAGGUUAGCAGGAGAUUUUCCUUUCCAGAUUGUCGUGGUGUCUCUGCAGCCCCUUCCCGCACUGUGAUGCCCCCCGCCCCAGCUGCCCUGCUGCGUCACAGAUGGCAUUAAGGAAGCUGCCAGUGGGCUGGGCCAGGCCGAACCUCCUGGUCUUGCCUGUCCGCCCACCCUGAGAGCCCAGUGGUGGGGCCCAGAGAACAUCCAGGGCAGAAGAGCUGGAGUGACCGCUGAGGUGAAGAGGGCAGCCUUCAGCCUCGGCUCCCACACUUCUGGAACUUGCUGGCAGCAGUGUGAGCUGCCCAUGGAGGAGGCGGGGCGGGAAGGGCGAGGCCGGCCUCUGACCUGCCCUGCAUGCUGCAGGCUCCCGGGAAGAGUCGGACUCUCCCCAGGGGCGGGUGGGUGCCCUUCUCAGUUCAUUCUGUUCCCCACUCACACCCCCAGGCAGGGUUGGAAAUGAAGGACUUUUUUAACCUUUUUUGUUUUUUAAAAAUAAAUCCAUAAAAUCCA